UGGCGUUCGCUGUCACUUUUUGACAAGUGAUUGUUGUAUUUCUCUCUGUAGCGACGUCAUCGAUAAAUGAUAAAUAAAAGGUUCUCCGUAUUAGAGAAAUUUCUCCCGUGUGCUAGGUCAACAAAUAAAAUUGAAUUCUCUGUGUAUAUAAACAUUUGGCAAAAUGUUGAUAAUUUGGUAUUAAUCCCAUUGAAAUACUCAUUUUCCGUGUACACAUUGUCAAUUGUUGUGCUGAAAAAGACGAGAAAAUGGAAUUUAAGCCUAUUGUUACGUAUUCGGGUGCUGGCCCAUUGUUUCGAUCACUUGAAGCGCAUAUUGUGGCAUCAAUACCGUUGGAUACAUGCGAAUGGAAACGUUCGUAUGGACGACCUGUGAAAGAUGUUCAAUUGGAGGCAUCAUUCCAUCCGCACAAUAUAAAAUUGUUGGAAAAAUACAAAUCGGGCGAUUGGAGCAUUCUUGAGCAUCCAGUUUUGCAUUUGUAUGUCACCGAAUGCAAUGAUAUUGACACAUAUAAAAGCAAUGUCAAAGAAGACAUUGACAAUUGGCUGAAAAUGCUCACUUCCUUCGGGAUUGCGGACUGGAUGAUUCUGGUCGUCGAAACGUUUGAUGUGAAGAAAACGAAGAAUAUUCUGCCGCGAACAACGGUGCUCGAUAAAAUUCGAACUGAUUUUGCAUCAAAGAAUGGUGACCGAUGCAUUUCCAUUCUAAACCCCAUGAAAUUUGAAAUGAAGGCUACCGAAUCGUAUCGCUGCUUUUUGCAACGCAUUCGACAUCUGAUGCUGUGCGGUUAUAAUCGAACAAUAAAUAAGUACGAAGAAUUGAUUCGUGCCAAUCGAGAGACUCGCAACCAAGACGGUUGGUGCUUUAUAAAAUAUUUUUUGCUGCAAGAAGAAUUGGCAUUUGUUCUGCAGAUGUUGGGACUACAUUCGGAAGCGUUGAUUCAAUACGAUGAAUUGGAUGCAAUGUUCUCACAGUUUAUUUUGAACUCUAUGUUUGGCGACAAACCAAAAUGGUUGGAAGUAUUUCAACGGCCGUUCAGCUCAUUCCAUGGCAUUAAAAUGAAUAAUUUGCAAUUGAAAGAGGUGCGACGCAAAAUUGAAGAAAAAUCCAUCACAUUGCUGGAGUUUCGCAGUUAUUUGUUCGAACGGCAAGCGGUUAUUCUCAAAGCGGCCGAAAAAACAUCCGAAAUUGCCGAACGAUUGCUCCCGUUUCUAUUCUCAACACUGCGCGAGUUGGAUGCGUUGAAAAUUGAAAUGAUCGACGGUGCACUGGCCUGUUGGGAAUUUAUAUCUGCACUUGAGGUACUUGACGCCUGUGAAACGGCCAUUGAAUCGAACAACACGACAAAUAUUUUCAAGUACACCGCCCCAAUAUGGAAUUUAGCGAAAGAUAAAUUGUAUGAAUUGGGCAAAUUGUGCGGGUUAUUGCCUGGUUUCACGCCCACCUCCGAGCAAUUACACAUUGUAGUGCAGCUGUCGGCUGGAAUGGGCGAUAAUUUUGAGGAAACCGAUCGGGCGCUCAUCAUUGAUAACAAAGCCAGUGAAGCACUGCUGGAACAACAACGGUCCGCAUCACCAAAUCGCAAGACCAAGAAAUCGGCCACUGAGCGUCUUCGAGAAGCACUCGUAUCAAAUCAAUCAUUUGAGAAAUUGUACUUGGAACUGAGUGAAUUGGCCAUUAGCACAUAUAAACAUGUUGCAAGGCUUCGUUCAGCACGUUUAGUUGGAUUGGAUUUGGGCAAUUUCUAUUGCAAUCUCUCUGAACCAAACAAAGCCGUUACAUUCUUCACCGACUUGAUGCGAGAAUUGAAAGCCGAAAAUUGGAACAAUUUGGCCAGCCAGACGCUAUUGGAACUGGCGAAUUGCUAUCGCAAAAUGGAUGACAUGACUGCGUAUACGAAAACAUGUGCGGCAAUCGCUUGUAGUAAACAACUAGAGACGCUGGUACGUCGACAUUAUUUCGAUGAGUUUAUCAAGUCAAUCAAUUCGGUACGAAGUAAAUUGGACAUAAUUGAUAUUGAAGGUCAUCACAAUGAUUGCAUCGCACCAUUGGAAGAUCAUUUCCAAAUUCGCGACAUUCGUGUCACUCAAAAUGGACCCAUUAUCCAGGAUGACAUUAUAACAGUGCAUCUUAAACUUGUUAGCAAUUUUCCAAAGGAAAUUACAGUCAACACGGUUUCCGUUUCAUUCGAGUCAAACUCCAAACUAAACGAAACCAUCCCAGAUGAUUUUUUCAAUAGUUCAAAGAUGGUGAUUUCAUCGUUUUUGGACUACAAACAAGACACAACAAUUAACUGUGCAUCGGUUGUAUGUGAUCUGAAUAGCAAGAAGCCCGUGAGAAGAUCGAGCUCUACCCGUGGAAAAUCAACACCGGCAGCCGUUCGUAAUGAUUUUACGAAUCAAGUUCAAGCCGAAAAGGUUGUACUUCAGCCUGGGGAAAAUUCAAUACAAUUGAGUGCAAAAGCUACUCGCGUUGGACUAUGGAACUUUAAACAGGUGUCGAUUUGCAUCGAAAAGUUGGAUUUUCUCUCCGAAUCGAUACCAAUGAAAUGUGAGCCCUUCGAAAUUACAACCAAAGCUGCGUCAGCCGUACUGAGUUUCAAGAAUCUAAUUUCUGGAGUGCAAAAUCUAAUCGAUUUGGUUGUAUCGAGUGGAAGUUUCAUAUUUCCAAAAGAAGCCACAAUCAUCCUGAAAUGCUCAAAGUAUUUGAAAAUCCGCGAGGCCGACAACAAAGAUACGCCGGCAGACGAACAGAUCAAAGAUUUCAAGUCAGAAGCAACAAUAAGAUUGUACGAUGUUAAGCCGUUCCAAGAUCGGACAAUUCCAUUGGCAGUAAUUUGUGACUUGCUUGGCCAACGCGACGAGAAAUUGAUCGAACAAAAAAUCACUCUGCAAUGUCCUUGGUCUCGCAAUGAGGUUAUAAUACCAUUGUCAUUUAUGCCGGCAAUGGUCGCAUCGUGUCGUUUGCAUUCGUCGGGCACUCGUAAAUUUUUGCAAGUAAUGAUAAAGGGAAUUGAAUCACAGCUCGAACUGACCAAUAUAUCCAUGACUUGCGAUUCGACGGGUGUGACAUUGCAUGACAACAACCCGAAAUCGGUGAAAUCGUAUCAAUGCCAAAAGAAUUUGAUUGUUUCGUUGCUAUGGGAAAUUGAGGUGGAACCAUUGCAAGCCGAAUGCCAACUAAAACUCAUCAAAGUCAACUUUUCACUUGACUAUGCUCAAGUAAACGACGGUGUGGUAUCACAACUCAAGAAACGAUACCACUGCAAAUUUGACGUCACUGAUUACACAACCCUAUUCCGAAUUGAAGCCAAACUGGAACCGGGCGAAUUGUGUCGCGUUGGUUCAGUGUACAAUUUGAAUUUGAAAAUAAUUAAAAUGCAUUCGAGUCCGUUUGUCGAUUUGAUGUAUGAAGUGAUGCCCGAUCAAAAUCUAUGGGCAGUUGUUGGACGCACCGCGGGAGUAAUUUCAAUGGCUGAACGUGAUGCACAAUCGGUGAUGGUUGAAGUGUUGCCACUUUCGGCCGGAUUCUUACCGCUGCCAAAUAUUCGAUUAUCCAAAUACAUUUCAGCCGAAAAGAAUGAAAUCCAUCCAAAGCUGCAACCAUUCCCUCCCGGCCAAAUUUAUAACGCAACGAAAAGUCUUCAAAUUCACGUUUUGGCCACUGCAAACAAUGCCACCGGCAUUGGCAAUGAAUAAUUUAUUUAUAUAUAUAUACACACACACACACACACACUGUUAUACUUUCUCGAUCAAAUAGACGAUUAGGAGGCAACAAUUUCGUUGUUGAAUGAUCUAAUUAAUUAUCUUAUUAAUUUGAUCAAUGUAAUUUAUGCGAUUAAAUAAAUUAAAUAAUAUGAUUGGAAUAUCAA